AUGCCGAUGAACAACACACCGUUCCUCACCAUGUCUCUCCUCCUCCUCCUCGGUUUACUUUGGUUCGAUUCAUUUACCGGUUUAGAUGCAGCGACCGGAAAAUUAGCUUCGGUUCCAGGAUUAUACGUGUUCGGAGAUUCAUUGGUUGAUGCCGGGAACAAUAAUUAUUUAGCAAUCUCUAUAUCCAAAGCUAAUUAUCCACAUAACGGCGUUGAUUUUCCUGACAAGAAAGCCACUGGAAGAUUCUGUAAUGGCAAGAACGCCGCUGAUGCUAUCGCUGAGAAAUUUGGAUUACCGUUACCACCGCCGUAUCUCUCACUGAAAGGCCCACUUAAAGAGGAAAAGAAAAGAUCUGCCGCUGUGACUGGUGUGAAUUUUGCUUCAGGAGGAGCCGGAAUCUUCAACAGUUCCGACCAUAAACUUGGACAAGCUAUUCCUUUGUCACACCAAGUGAACCAUUGGCUCUCUAUUCAUCAAGAACUGACGAGUCAGCUUGGACCAGCAGAAGCACAAAACCAUCUGUCCAAAUCUCUGUUCGCUGUGGUCAUUGGCAGUAACGAUCUUUUCGACUAUUUUGGAUCUUUCAAACUUAGACAAGAGACCAAUCCUCAACAAUAUACACAAUCAAUGGCUGAUGAACUCAAAAAGCAACUGAAGAGAAUUCACGAUACUGGAGCACGUAGAUUCCUAGUAAUAGGAGUAGCAGAGAUUGGUUGCACACCGGGGAAAAGAGCGAAGAACUCGACUGCCCAUGAAUGUGACGAAGAGGCAAACACGUGGUGCUCUUUGUACAACGAAGCUCUUGUAAAGAUGUUGCAACAACUCAAACAAGAGUUGCAAAGCUCAAUGACUUACUCUUACUUUGACAACUAUAGGUCCUUGCAUGACAUUAUCUCUAACCCUGCCCGUUACGGUUUUGAGGACGUGACAUCAGCGUGUUGUGGAAAUGGGAAAUUAAACGCGGAUAUUCCUUGUCUUCCUAUCGCGAGGUAUUGUUCCGACAGAACUAAAUAUAUCUUCUGGGAUCGCUACGGUCAUCCCACGGAAGCUGCUGCUCGGACCCUCAUCGAUCUUAUGUUAUCUGAUGACUCACAAUACUCAUCUCCUUUAACUCUCACCCAACUGAUCUCUUCAUGA